AUGAUGACGUGCCGGCUGAGUUCGCGGCGGCUGGGCGGGUCGCGUGGCUCGCUGCAGGCUGGCGCCGCGUGCUCCGCCGCCAGCGAGCUCGACCUCUCCUCGCGCUCACGACGCUCGCACAAAGCUAGAUUAAAACUGUUGGGCGCAAGCGGCGAGGCGCCCCUGUUGGGCGGGUGGCGAAGCACGCCGCACACGCCACGCGCGCCCGCCACACCCGCUCCGCACCACUCGCACAACCACCUUGCCGCCGCGCCGCACUGUAACGGGACCGACAGCGGAAGCAGAGGGGGCCUGCGGAGGCGGUCGACGUACGCGAGUGGGCGGCUGCGCGCCGGGCCGCACUGGUCCUUCGUGUUCGACCCCGCGGGCCGCCUCUGCUACUACUGGUCCAUGGUGGUUUCCCUCGCCUUCCUCUACAACCUGUGGGUCAUAGUCUACAGGUUCGCCUUUCAAGAGAUCAAUGGUGAAACGUUAAUAGUGUGGUUCUGUUUGGAUUAUUUUUCGGACUUUCUUUAUCUGGCGGACAUCCUGUUUCAUUUCCGAACGGGCUACUUAGAGGACGGGGUUUUGCAGACGGACGCGGCCAAGUUGCGGGCGCACUACAUGAACUCGACGACGUUCUACAUCGAUUGUCUGUGCCUGUUACCGCUGGAUUUCCUCUACUUGUCCAUCGGGUUCAACUCCAUCCUGAGGUCGUUCCGGCUCGUCAAGAUAUACCGCUUCUGGGCGUUCAUGGACCGCACGGAGCGACACACGAACUAUCCUAAUCUAUUUAGAUCGACCAGUUUAAUUCAUUAUUUGCUAGUGAUAUUUCAUUGGAACGGGUGCUUGUACCAUAUUAUAUAUAAAAACAAUGGGUUCGGUAGUAAAAACUGGGUGUAUCAUGACACUGAGACGGCGGACGUAGUGAAACAAUACCUUCAGAGUUAUUAUUGGUGUACGUUGGCGCUCACCACAAUAGGAGACCUACCGCGGCCGCGUAGUAAAGGCGAGUACGUGUUUGUAAUCGCGCAGUUGCUGUUUGGGUUACUUCUCUUCGCGACCGUGCUGGGGCAUGUGGCCAACAUCGUCACAUCUGUCAGCACCGCCAGGAAAGAGUUUCAAGCGAAAUUGGACGGCGUAAAAACUUACAUGCGGAUGAGAAGAGUACCGACGCAUCUUCAAGUCAAAGUGAUAAAAUGGUUCGAUUAUCUUUGGCUCACUCAGAAGUGCUCCGACGAGGAAAAGGCUGUCUCCUGCCUCCCCGACAAACUCAAGGCGGAAAUUGCCAUCAACGUCCAUCUUGACACGUUGAAGAGGGUGGAGAUAUUUCAGAACACGGAGGCGGGAUUUCUGUGCGAGCUUGUCUUGAGACUGCGGCCCGUGCUGUUUUCACCGGGCGAUUACAUUUGUAGAAAAGGCGAGGUCGGGAAGGAGAUGUACAUAGUGAACAGGGGCAAGCUGCAGGUGGUUGGCGACAACGGAAAGACGGUGUUGGCUACACUCAAAGCGGGUUCUUAUUUUGGCGAAAUUUCCAUUCUGAACAUGGGCACGGCAGGUAAACAACUUGGCAACCGGCGGACAGCGUCGGUGCGGUCCGUGGGCUACUCGGACUUGUUCGUGCUCAGCAAGAAGGACAUGUGGGACGUCCUCAAGGAGUACCCCGCCGCCAGAGUGCGGUUAGAAGCCAUCGCCGUUAAGAGACUCGAGAAAUAUAAGAAGGCACCCUUAGAGAAAGUUGCAAUGGGCCGUUGUCAAUCGACACCGGGCCUGGUAGAGACGAGCGGUCGUAUCCCCAUAGAAGAAAUGCAGCUACCGCCCGCUCCUCUACCACCACCAUUACAUACUACACACCCGCCUUCUUAUCGGGACCAGCUUUAUAGUUCGUCAGUAAGCCCUCUCCGAGUAGCGUCGCCAGUGGCGUCGUGCGCGUCGUCAGUGCGUAGCAGCGCGGCGGGCGGCAGCGCGGCGGCCCCGCGCGCACUCCUCGACUCGCACGAGCUGCUCGAGUGCGAGAUCAAGCGGCUGCGCGAGCGCCUGUACACUGUCGAGACGGAAAAUGCUGCCAUGUCCGCCAAACUGAGCCAACAACAGUGGGAAGUCGAUCAGAGGUUGCAAGAGAUAGAGAUGCAGAUCUGCGGCGGCAGCUCGCUGAGCUCACAGGAGGAGAACGAGCGGAACCGGGAGAGCAUCAUUUAACGGCGCGCCUCGGAAGCAGCGCGCGACUCGCAGCGUCCUGGCGUGUUCCCGCCCCUGCCCCUGCCCUCGCACCCACGCCCGCCGCGCCUCUCCGUCUACUGACGUCACGGGACGCGCAUUGCCCGCCCCGCGCAUACCGCGUAGCGCCCUAACUCUAAAAGUAUUGUGCUUUAUCCAAGUUACCAAAGUUGUGAAUAUUCGAAUGACUAUUGAAGUGUUUUUACGAUGAAUUAAUUAUAUUAUGGAAUACUUAAAUACGAAUUAACUUUAUCAAAAUUUAUAUACAUAUACUUAGUUUAACGACUCGCUACUAAUUGACGAGUGUUCGUGGAGUGAGAUUUUGCCCAGACAAUAUUAUCUUUAAUCUUUACCGUUUAAGUACAUCGAGGUGUUUAGUGUUUGCUACGAGCGGCAGACCGCGUGCGCGCGCGCAUGUUGCGACGUGUUUAUGUUGUGCGCAUUGUGCAUACCACGUUACGGUGUCUCCUGCAUUUUUAACGUAUGAUUGUUGUACAUAACCGCUGUCUGUUUAAAAAUGGCACCUUUGUUAUUUGUAAUGCUAAGGUACAGUUAAUUUAAGUACAUUUUAAUUAAUUGUACUCGUUAAUUUGUUAUUAGGCCGUUAAACUGUCUUGUAUGUUGCAGAAUAUGUAACUUGCUAAAUGUGAACUGUGUGAGUUGUCAAGCCAACCGAAAUGUAUUCAAACGCUCCAAUAUGUGCCAAACUACUGUGCCAAAGACAAGCGUCGGAAUUUUUGUUGUACGUUUUUAAAUCGUAGGACAGAACUUUCUUAUCUACUAACUUUGAGCUUUAAUUAUGGUUAAAGACCUGGAAGACUUCAACGAUGCAUACAUUCCGAUCCUUGUAAAUUAUCACUACCAUUCUUCCAUGUUUAUAUCACAUCAUAUUAGAGAAUAGGUAGAUCUUUCUUUAACAAAUUUGAUAUGUUAAUCUGUGUAUAUUCAUAAAAGUAAAAAAUACUUGUUAGUACUCUCAGAAUCAGUUGUUCUGAAAAAUAAAUCGACCAUCGUAAGUUGGAAUUUGUUACAUAAAACGGUUUAUUACCUAUAUAUUAAGAAAGGUAGCUUAAAACUGAUAGAUACUUACAUCAGUGUGGUAAAUAAAAAAAACAAC